AGCCUCAACAUCUCUGCUGCCAUGGCUUACGAGACCAUCCCGUCCUCUCCUCUUUCCUCCCUCCAUCCGUCCUCCUCCUCCUCUUCCGCCUUGCCCGACCCAUCGCUGCUGCUCCCCUCGGUCCGGAACGCCAGCGCGCCGUCGCCGGAGCUCCCCGAACCUGCGGCCCCGGGGAUGACCUGCGUCACCAUGACGCUGGGCGCCGUCUCCAACCUGGCGGCGCUGGCGAUCCUGUCCCGCUCGUCCGCCCGGCGCCGCCGGCGCCCCAAGUCGCCGUUCCUCCUCCUGACGGGGGCGCUGCUGCUCACCGACCUGGCGGGCCACCUCAUCCCGGGGGCGCUGGCCCUGCACCUCCACCUGGAGCGAGGGCAGAGGUGGGGCUUGGGCGAGGGGCGGGGCUGGGCCGAGCCGGGGGCGGGGCUUUGCCGGCUGUUCGGGGCCUGCAUGGUGUUCUUCGGCCUCUGUCCCCUGCUGCUGGGCGGGGCCAUGGCGGUGGAGCGUUGCCUGGGGAUCACCCGGCCCCUCCUCCACGCCGCCGUGGCGACCGUCAGCCACGCCCGCCGCGCCGCGGCCCUGCUGGCCUCCCUGGCCCUCCUGCUGGCGCUGCUCCCCCUGGUGGCCGUGGGCAGCUACACGCCCCAGUUCCCGGGGACCUGGUGCUUCCUGCCAGUGCACCGCCCCCCCACAGCCGCCGACGCCGGCCUGGCCCUGGCCUUCUCCAGCCUGGGGCUCGCGGCGCUCGCUCUGUCCCUCUUCUGCAACUCCCUGAGCGGACUGGCUCUGCUGCAGGCCCGGCUGGCCUCCAGAGGGGCCCAGAAGGCCUUCCUCACGGGGGCGGGGCGAGGUCAACAUGGGGUCACCGGCCGACCAGCCUUCCCCUCCCCCGUACGCUCGCUGGACGUGGAGAUGAUGGCGCAGCUGGCUGGGAUUACUGUGGUCUCCUGUGUCUGCUGGACCCCUUUCCUGGUUCUGGUCUCGGCAUCGGUGGGGCGGUUCCACGGCGGUUCUGGGCCGAGCGGUCCGGGCCAGGGCCCGCGUCCGUACGAGCGGCAGGUUCUGCUCGGCCUGCGCAUGGCCUCCUGGAACCAGAUCCUGGACCCGUGGGUCUACAUCCUGCUGCGCCGGGCGGUGCUGCGCAGGCUCUGCGGUCUGCUGCAGCCGCAGCGCCCCAGCAUCACGCACAGCAGCAGCUCCUGCGCAGACUGGCCCGGGCCGGACGCCUGUCUGCGCAGCACAAAACGCUGACACGGCAGCACGGAAAGAUACGUACUCACACAUGAGCUCGCUGUAAAGACAAAUACACACACACACACUGUAAGGACAAAUGGGUACACACACACUCACUGUGAAGACAAAUGUGUACACACACACUCACUGUGAAGACAAAUAUAUACACACAAAUACUGUAAAGACAAAUCUGUACACACACACUCACUCUGAAGACAAAUAUGUACACACACACUCAUUGUGAAGACAAGUAUGUACACACAAAUACUGUAAAGACAAAUAUGUACACACACACUCACUGUGAAGACAAAUAUGUACACACAAAUACUGUAAAGACAAAUAUGUACACACACACGCACGCACACUCGCUGCAAAGGCAAGUACAUACACGUACACACAGACAUGCGCACAAGCAUGGGAAAAACAUACACACAUGUAUAAACACACACUCACACGCAGGAAAUAAAUACCGGUGGUGGUACCUAAAGGCAACAAGUUCGAUUACCACAGUGCGCUGCCGUUGUGCCCUUGAGCAAGGUACUUAACCUGCAUUGCUUCAGUAUAUAUCCAGCUGUAUAAAUGGAUGCAAUGUGAAAAGUUGUAAGUGUAAGUCGUUCUGCAUAAGAGCAUCUGAUAAAUGCCUGUAAUGUAAUGCAACAUAGACACCCAAAAACACACACACACGCACCUAUGAACACAUGCAUGCACGCACACACGAACACACAUUGUAAACAGACACACAGUCACAGACACCACACACAUACCCACGUGUACACACACACACACGCACACACACAUACACACGUGUACACACAUGCUCACACACACAUACA